AUGCUAGCUUGGGAAUGUGAGGGGCUGUAAGCUAGCAGGAGAGAGUGUAAACAGAGAGCUCUCAGCAACAGGAGGGGGAGGGAUUACUCUACACCAAAAAUCAAAGAGGCACAAAAAAAGAAAUGUUUAAGUUUCUAAUGAACUCCUGCUGCUCUGCAGAAACUAUGUUGGGUUGAUUGAUUGAUUGAUUGAUUGAUUGAUUCAAGCAUAAAUCGUGGACGACACAAGUCAAAUAAAGUCCUAAAAAGCACAUAACGACAACUAAAAGACCACUGGGAACGCUUCUAAAACAGAUCAAAAGAUGAUUAAAGUGUCUUCAAGUAAAGUGAAUGAAUCCAUUAAACGGGUUAACUUCUCUGCGGCUGUUUUAAAGAGCAACUGUUGAAUCUGACGGAUCAUGCAGGAAGCUGGCACUCCAAGAAACCAGAUGUUUCUGCUUUGAGGCUGGAUUUGAUCCAAGCUCCCUCAACUAGAGCCUCUUAAAAAAAGAAAAAGAGAUUUAACAGAAACACCUGAACGACAUAACCAGCAGGAAAUGCAUCCAUUUGAAGUUCUCCGUUUCAAAGUCACAUCAUCUACUUCAGAUGUGCUUCAGGACUGAGACGAGGAAUCGGCACAAAUGCAGACGCAGCUACAAAGACAAAAUCCUAAAUGUUUACCAGACUAUAGAUUUGCUGCAUGACCGAUCAGAGGAAAGCUCCCAACAUGCAUCUGGGUCCCAGAAGGCUUUCCCUCCAGGCGUCAGCAGCUGCUGAUGAGGGGGAAUCCUGAUCGCUCCGAUCUGGAAUGAUAAUGAAGGGUUCAGCACCACAACAAGAUGUUACAACCCGAACAUCAAGCCACCCCGCCUGCACGGCAAACAUGUAUGUGAGGGGAACGUGACAUUACACAUUCUGCAGGUUCAAAUCUGUGCACGAAGGAAACAGGUGAUUAAAUGUAUGUCACUGGACGUUUGCAGAACCUUUACGCAGUUCGACAUUACAAAUGUUCCGGAUUAAGAAAGGUAAACUUGUUUUUCUAGUGGAACUCUUUAUUUAAAGCUGAUUGACCCUCUGAGGUGUGAGGAUAGAGGAUGAUCUUCUUUUAAACUCACCAUCAUCUAGUUUAGCUGAUGCUCGAUGGAUCUGUUUGUCUCUAAUCUGGAAUGAUAUGAAGCAGCAUUGAUAUGAAUAAUUGUUAUUAAUAAAACUAAAUCAUAUGGUUGUUUUGCUUUUUGAGACAACAUCUUGAUAAAUAAACCAAAUUGAAUUUUGUUUAUCAGAACUGAAUCUGGUCUGAACAUACACGAAUAAACAUCACUGAAAGUCAAACAACAAUGAUGUCAGCCUCAUGCUGAGACUCAGAGCAGGUAUCAGAUUCAGCGUUCUGGCUGCUUCUCAGGUCAAAUGCAAACAACAACAUUAGUGUGGGAUGUACUGGACCUGAGUGAUGCUUUGGUUCAUAAAGGCUAACUAUUUUUAAUCAUUACUAGUGGAAAAGUCAAAAUCAUGUCAACAGGAGACAUUUCCUCAAAGUAAAUGCAGAUAAAUGUAGUAAAGUACAGAACUAGGGCUGGGUUAAUAAACGCAUUUGAGAACAAGAAAAGUCAAAAAUCAGUAGUUCAGAAAAAAGUGGUCUUCAUUGAUGAUAGGUAUUGAUAACUGCUCAUUAACCAGUUUACAUCCAAACUGUAAAAGGUUGUUGGUGUUUAAAGGCAAUCUUAUCAAGUACAUGACUGACUGAGAUUUGUAAUGGAGUAUAACUCAUGUAUUAGCUUUAAAUAAUCUGAUGAAAAUCCUGCUUUUGGAAACUUGCCCUCACUUUUUCUGAUCAUGAUGGAGGACACUUAUAAAGAAAAUUAAGAUCAAAUAUGCAUUUCUGAGUGUUUCUUUAUUCAAAUCACUGUGAAUCAGGGGCAGAUGAAAAAAUGCUGCUUGAGAAAGAUCAUAAUUGUGAUGUAGAAAAUGCUUUGGGCAGGUCAAAAACUCCCUGCUUCAUUCUGAUACGUCUAUUUGCAAACAAAUAGAUUCAUGAACGUCUUUGUGUGAGCUGUCAUCUGACUCUUUCCAUUGUGGUUAUGCCGUUUUUGCAAAAAUCCUGUUUUAAACAGUGGAGUAUACAGGAAAGCUUGGAUUAUGAGACAGAGAUUCUCAGAAAUGUGUGUAUCAAAUAUAGGUUAUAUAGUCUUAAAGAUGGUGAUAAUUUGCUUUUUUUUAAUAUACAGUAUAUUUUAACUUUUUUUUUUUUUAAUCAACUUUCCGGUCUUACAGCAGUCCCUGUAAGGUGCAGUUUGAUUUACUUCAUGCCAAAGCUCCAAAAUGAGAUUUUCAAAGUAAAAGGUUUCCACGACUUUUCUUCUCUCUCUUUUCAUCUCCUAUCCUGGACAGCUGACGUUCCCUCCUCUUUACCCAUCUCUCCUCCCUCUUUUCUCCUCUCUCCCUGCCUCCUUCACCUUCCUCUCUUUCAUCCUCCUCUUCCCUCUCAGUUUCUGUCCGACAGGAGAGCGGCUCUGUCCUCCUCUGACUCUUUGUUUGUUUGUUUUGCUUCCAUCCCUAAACAUGUCUUGGACUCGAGUUCUGGUCCUGUCACUGGUCUCCUUCCUCCUCAUCCUCACCUUGACCAGUGCGGUGAGGAGUGCAGCCGUACCGGAUGACGCCAAACCAGCCGACGCCAAAGACGCCGUGCGCCGGGUGUUCAUGGCUGAGUCGGAGGCCUCAAACUUCUUCAAACGCCGCAGCCGUCGGUCACCCAAGUACUACGCCGAGCUCGUGGUUGAGCAAGGGAUGAAGCGGGCCGCCAGCGAGCGGAGGAGGGAGUUCAACGAGGAGCAAAGGAACGAGUAUGAGAAGUACGCCGAGGAGGACCGCGAUGAGAUAAACGAGAGGUCGAGGGAGAUGAGCGAGCAGCUGCGGGAGUAUCACUACGACGGCCUCUACCCUCGCUCCCACUGGUUCCACUGAGCAUGCUCAGCACAGAGUGCAACGGCACCAUAACAUUUCCAUUACCCUCGCCAUGUAUUAAUAAUAUUCGCAUGUCAGUCUAAGUUUCCUGUUCUUUUAUUCUCCUUUUUCCAGAGUAAUUUCUGGUAGUGUUAUUUUUAUACAUAAUUAAAUGUGCAAUAUGCAUCUUCAGUGAGCAGUAACGGUGUUGAAGGUGCAGUUUUUGUAGGUUUGUGCAUGCCUCUCCUAGUUUUUGUGUACAUAAAGUGAUGCCAACGUAUCGCUACAGCAACAGAAAAUAAACAACUUCUAGAAACACAA